CUAUAGCAAGUAAAGAUAAAACAAAAGUUCAACAUAUUUCAAAAAUCAGAUCUGCAAUUCAAAAAGCUAAAAAAAUAACACCAGAAAAUUUUAAAAAAUCAGCUAAAAAGCUUUUUAAAUUUAAAAAUGAGUAUUCAGCACAGUUUUUACAAAUGGCUACAGAAAUUAGUAAUUUAGGACAAAUUUCUUUAAAAUCAACAGUAGUGUGCACUAAAAAAUUUUAUGAAUUUAUUACUGGAGAAGAACCAGAAAAAUGGAUUAAUAUACAUACACUAUCAAGAUGGAAUAAAGAAGUUGCAGCUCUUCAACUUGAUUCAAAUAAACCUAAAUCAUAUAAUAUUUCUAAUUAUGGUUAUGGUCUAUUAGUAGAUGAAAGCAAAAGAGGAGAAAGAAAAAUUUUAAUAGUUGCUACAUCUUUUUGGAAUAUUGAAACAAACUAUCCUAUGUUUAGUAUAUUAGGAGUUGAUGAUUUAAUACAUUGCAAUUCCAAUACUGUUGCCACUAGUGUUACAAAAAUUUGCAAUAAUAAUAACAUUGAUUUUAAAAGAUGUAUAUUUUGGUUAACAGACAAUACAUCAUAUAUGUCUUCAAAUAAAAAUGGUGCUGUUGUAAAAUUUAAUACUUUAAACCAAUCUACAUCUUUUAGAAUUCCAUGUGCACUACAUGCAACACAAAUUGCUUUAAUGAAUUUUGAAAAUAAUGCAUUUGGAAAAAUAGAUGGCCCUAAAGGAUCUUAUAAAGAACAUCCAUUUAAUCUUAUUAAUUUAGCUUUUAAAAUUCAUGAUGGACAUA